AUGAUAAGCAUUGAUACCCUUUUCGACUAUAUCAUCCUUCCAUGUUUAAAAUUUCCAGCGCUUUUGAUCCUGCCAUUUCAAUCAAUUGCACUUUGGAUCAAGACUGUUUGUGUAAUAUAUAGCAUACUAUUUUAUCUAUUUGAGGUGUUAAAUAAGGUAUAUAAACUGAAAGGUAGUAAAAAGUGGAAAAACUUAAAAGACAUAAGAGGAAAUGUUAUAGUAAUAACUGGAGGUAGUGGAGGAUUAGGCUAUUCACUUAUUAAAAUUAUACUAGAAAGAUUUCCUUCCACGACGAUAAUAAACAUAGAUCAAACAAAAUCUACUAUUAAAGAUGAAAGAUUAAUCUAUUAUAAAUGUGAUUUAUCAAAUACAAAUGACGUUCAAGAAACAAUCCAAACAAUUAAAAACCAAUUCAGAGAGAGGAUUAAUUUAAUUGUGAAUAAUGCAGGUGCUCGACUUCCAUUCAAUUCUAUAAAUAAACUGCAUAGCGACGAGAUAUCGCGUCUAUUCCAAAUUAAUUGUUUUUCUACAUUGGAGAUUAUUAAACAAUUGGCCCCUGACCACAAUAGUCAACGCCAAUGUUUCAUUGUUACCAUUGCAAGUGUGCUUGGAAUUUUGAACCCUAGUAAAGUGGCGGCAUAUGCAGCAUCAAAAGCAGCUCUAAUCUCAUUCCACCAAUCCUACGAGCAAGAAUUAAGAGUAUCUAAAGUUGAUAACAUCAGAAUGUUACUAGUCUUACCAGGACAAUUAAACACAAAGAUGUUUGGCGGAUUUGAACCUCCUAUGCAAUUUUGGGCUCCAACCAUCAAUGUUGAGACUCUGGCGAAAGCUAUCAUUUCUAAAUGCGAAGUUGGUGAAAGAGGAACAAUACAGCAACCAUUUUAUGCUAAUUUUGCACACAUUUUAAUGUCGUUACCAUAUGUUAUUCAAGUAUGGGCCAGAGAAUUUGCCAAAAUUGAUGAUUGUCUGCCGGAUGAAUAA